AUGUCGACCAAGAAUUACGUCCAGUUAUUCAUCUUCAUGAGCCCCCCAAAGCUCGAGCAAUCGAGAUACAAUAGCGAGACGUGCCUCCGCAACGUCAAUAUUCAGACCAUAUCUCGUCUUGCGGGCACGAAGCUCGCUUUCAAGCUGCGGUGUCCGGUGCUUCCCCACCAACCCAUCAAUGCGGGCUGCGAAAUCUUGCACAAGCAAGGGAAUCGCGAGUUGUUGGAGUCCGCGCAUAAUCUCGGUACGAAGCUCUUUGUGCUUGUCCUUGCGCCGGCAUGGUAUCAAAAAAUUGCAGGACUGCAACGAUUCUGCGUGUUUGAAAUAUCCAUCGAUAAUGAUCUGCGGAUCGCAUCCGGUCAUCGCCCUCGUGCAGAUUCUGAGCAGUUCCAGGAGUUCUUCCCUUGUCUGAAGAUAAAGAAGAUACAGCCUCGUUUUACGGAUCUUUUCCUCAAACCCAUCUAG